UCUGGAGUCCUGUGAAGAAAGUGCUUUCUGCCGCAUUGGUAGCGGCGAGAGCUGGAGGUGGUUGGGGAGGUGGGCCGAUCGGUCUCUGUGGCUGGGAGCCGAUUUCGACCUCAGCACCACGGCCCCCUCCUCCAGCUUCAAGCCCGGCACGGCUGCCCGGGGGGCUCCUUCAGGCUCCUUGACGCCGCUACAAGGGGCACCUACCCAGGCAUCGCCUGGGCCUCCAGCCAGGGGACUGGCUCCCGACUUCAGCACUUUGGGCUGCAGUAAGAAGUGCCCUUAUCGCCCUUCCCCUUGACCCUCUCCCUGAGCCACCGAAACCCUGGUCCAGAGCGACAGCCUUGGACCUGGGACUAGAGGAAGCCAAAACGCUUAGCCCCGGUCCCCCACAGACGGGGCUCUGCAUUAUCUCUGAUAUGUCACCCACCGUCUCCCAUAAGGACAACAGUCGGCAACGGCGGCCAGGGACUUUCAACCACUCUCUGGAUUUGAAGAGCGGUCCUCUGCCGCCCGGCAGCUGGGAUGACAGUCAUCCGGACUUUGUGGGCGGGGAAGGGGACAGAGAAGCUCUUCUGAGGGAUACCGGCACUGGUGACUUCUCGAAAACCCCACGGAGCUGCCGAGCCGAACUAAGCAGCAUUUUGCUACUGCUCUUUCUUUACGUGCUUCAGGGCAUUCCCUUGGGCUUGGCGGGAAGCAUCCCACUCAUUUUGCAGAGCAAAAAUGUUAGCUAUACAGACCAAGCUUUCUUCAGUUUUGUCUUUUGGCCCUUCAGUCUGAAAUUGCUCUGGGCCCCAUUGGUUGAUGCGGUUUACUUUAAGAACUUUGGUCGUCGCAAAUCUUGGCUUGUCCCUACACAGUAUAUACUCGGACUCUUCAUGAUAUAUUUAUCUACUCAGGUGGAUCUUUUGCUCGGGAAUACCGAUGGCAGAACACCUGAUGUGGUUGCUCUCACUGUGACAUUCUUUUUGUUUGAAUUCCUGGCUGCCACUCAGGACAUCGCUGUGGAUGGUUGGGCGUUAACUAUGUUAUCACGGGAAAACGUGGGUUAUGCUUCUACCUGCAAUUCGGUGGGCCAAACAGCAGGCUACUUUUUGGGCAAUGUUUUGUUUUUGGCCCUUGAAUCUGCCGACUUUUGUAACAAAUAUUUGCGAUUUCAGCCUCAACCCAGGGGAAUCAUUACUCUUUCAGAACAAGUUGUUAAAUCUGGUGGAUCUUACAUAGCAAUAUGGACAAAUGGAGCAAAUUUGAACUUAUUUUCAAAUGUGGGGGCCCUAAUUGGUUUUUCAGCAGCAGAUGCAGUAACAGGACUGAAAUUGGUAGAGGAGGGAGUACCCAAAGAACAUUUAGCCUUAUUGGCAGUUCCAAUGGUUCCUUUGCAGAUAAUAUUGCCUCUGAUUAUCAGCAAAUACACUGCAGGUCCCCAGCCACUAAACAUAUUUUACAAAGCCAUGCCCUACAGGUUAUUGCUUGGAUUAGAAUAUGCCCUACUUGUUUGGUGGACUCCUAAAGUAGAACAUCAAGGGGGAUACCCUAUAUAUUACUAUAUCUUAGUGCUGCUAAGUUAUGCGUUACAUCAGGUUACGUUGUACAGCAUGUAUGUUUCUAUAAUGGCUUUCAAUGCAAAAGUUAGUGAUCCACUUAUUGGAGGAACAUACAUGACCCUUUUAAAUACUGUGUCCAACCUAGGGGGAAACUGGCCUUCUACAGUAGCUCUUUGGCUGGUGGAUCCCCUUACAGUGAAAGAGUGUGUAGGAGCAUCAAACCAGAAUUGUCAAACACCUGAUUCUGUUGAGCUUUGCAAAAAACUUGGUGGCUCAUGUGUUACGGCACUGGAUGGUUAUUAUGUGGAGUCAAUUAUUUGUGUUUUUAUUGGAUUUGGUUGGUGGUUCUUUCUUGGUCCAAAAUUUAAAAAGUUACAGGAUGAAGAACCAUCUUCAUGGAAGUGCAAAAGGAGCAAUUAAUUCAUAUACUACUGGACAUUCUAGAAAGAGUAAAAUCUUGAAUGGGCCGUGAUCCAAAAAUCGUGGUUUUGAAAGUGGGCUACAUUAUGAUUCAUAAUCACAAAUCUGAAAUAACAGUUAUGAAAUUGUUUAAAGAUUCCUGAGAAGAAUGUUGAAAAAAAAUCAAUGAUGAAAACUGGAAAAUCUCUGCGUUUGUAGUACUGUGUUGAACUUGAAACCUUGAAGGAGUGGAUAAGACGUUAUGGUAAAAGAGAGACCAUAAGGGUGAAUUAUAUCCUACAAAAGACUUAUCUUAGUCAUUGAACUCUUUUUUUCCCGAUGAAUGACUUUUAUUUUGCCUUGUUAACAGAAAACCAAAAAAGUAUGUUGCUUUGUAUUAAAUGGUUGAGAUCAUUAUGUAAUAUAAAAGAUGACUAAAUUUCUUUUUGUAUUUUGGAAGAUUAUGUUUUUCCAAGUAGUUGAAAGAAUGACUAAAGCUAUAUAACACAGACCCUACUAAACAUAAAGAAACGACUUAGUGGGAACAUUCCAUGCCGAUUUCCAAAAUGUAUUUUACCUUAGUAUUACAGAAAGAAAAUAAACCUUUAAAAUAA